CCUGAAGCAGAAGUGGGAUUUGACCAGGUCUAUAGAAUUGUGUUCCAGGCAGCGAUGAUGGAACACAUGCAAAGGCCCUGAGGUUGAAAUGAGCUUUGUGUAUCCAAAGAAAAAAGUCCACUCUAAUGGCCCUUUUUCGUAUUUGGCAACUACAUGCUUACAUCCUUCCUGGGUGUAAACCUCCAGGUGGACCUACCUGCUGGACUUGACCAGAAAUGUUUGGAGACCAAAGCAAAUCUGGAGGAGCUGGCAGUGAGCCGUGGGCCGCGCUGGUCUCAGCCAGAUUUCCUGGCCAAACGCGCUGAGGAGAGAUGCCCUGGACCGUCCUGCUCUUUGCAGCCGGCUCCUUGGCUAUCCCGGCGCCAUCCAUCAUGCUGGUGCCCCCACAUCCCAGCAGCCAGAAGGACCCCAUCCACAUCGCAUGCAUGGCCCCCAGGGAUUUCCCAGGGGCGAAUUUCACACUGUAUCAAGGGGAGGAGGUGGUGCAGCUCCUGCAGGCCCCCGUGGACCAGCUCGAGGUCAUCUUCAACCUGAGUGGUGGCAGCAGGGAGGUUCCAGGGGGACCAUUCCGCUGCCAGUAUGGCGUGCUCGGCGAGCUCAGGCAGCCUCAACUGUCGAACCUCAGUGAGCCCAUGCACGUCUCCUUCCCAGUGCCCACCUGGAUCCUGGCACUCUCCUUGAGCCUGGCUGGAGCCUUCCUCCUCCUCGCUGGGCUGGUGACCACUGCGUUGGUCGUCAGGAAAGUUAAAGUAAAAAACUUGCAGAAGAAACGGGAGCGAGAAUCCUGCUGGGCCCAGGUUAACUUCGCCACCACAGACAUGUCCUUCGAUAACUCCCUGUUCACCAUCUCCAAAAUGACUUCAGAAGAAGACGCAGCCACCCAGGAUGCUCCCUCAGGCUCUGCUGUGACACCUGGCAACUCUGGGACCCGGAAGAGGCCCACCUCCACGUCAUCCUCACCUGAGCCCCCAGAAUUCAGCACAUUCCGGGCCUGCUAGGGGAGCCCUUCCCUCUGUCUGCGUGCCCUCCGUUCAGCCCUCCCCCUUGAGCUGGCUGGGCUUUGCAGGGUCUCAGUUCCCUCCAGCUACGUUGGGGACUUCUCGCUGCUGCUUCCUCAGGGCAGUGAACAGAGGAAAUGAAGGGGACCCCCUGGCCUUGGGACCUUCCUUGCAGAGGAGCAGGAGUGGGAGAGGGGAUGCAAGCAUCUGCCUGGAGGCUGGACAGAAAGCAGGAAGCCUCUCUGGAUUGCCAGCUUUUCAGACCACCACGGAAGGAGCUGUUAAGAUCCCUCAGCCUGGCCAUUAUGAAGUCUGAGCUCUCCACACACCCCUCCGCUUUCCUUCGUCCCAUGCAUAACAUGGUGUGGACACCAUGCACACUGUCCCAUGCAAAAACCCAAUUACACCUGACUUGGGUUUUUGGAGCAUAGGGUACCCGGGGGUUAUAUUCUAUGUGCCCUGCUG